AUGGAGGAGUUCGUGGAGGGCCCGCCUUCCGACAAAAACCGGAACAUGGAAGAGGAGGAUGCAGAGAGGCUUUCUCCCUUAGAGGUCAUGGAUAUGGUGGAGAGGUUCCGAAAGGGAAGCUCCACGUUGUCGGAGGUGCUGCUGCAGCAGCUGGAGGAGAACAAGAAGGAGGACCUCCUGGCCAAGCUCUUCGGCGAGCACACGGAGAGCCCGGACAUGAAGGUGCCGGAGAUCAUGGACGAGCAGGUCCGGGAGGCCGACAAGAUCCUGCUCGCCACCCAGGAGAAGUGCCCGUUUUGCAAGAAGGUGUUGGACGAGCUGCGCAUCACGACCCCGCAGCACCGCACCUACAUGAAGGAGCACCUCCAGUCCAGCUACUUGCUGGGCGAUCCCGCCUCCAUGAAUGCCGAGGACGUGAAGAAUGCCCUGGAGUACUGGGGCGAUGUGGAGCGGCUGCCCACGUUGGUGAAGUCGAUGCACCAGAAGAAGCCCAUGCAGGUGAAGUUUGGCAAGUCCGAGAAAGCCAAAACUCACGCGCUUUUGAAGGAGGAGGUGGCCAAGUACCACUUGGCCUGGGUGUGUUAUGCCCCCACAUCCGGGAGGUAUCUGAAUGCCACCUACACCCCGGGCCACCUGAAGUUGCACACCCAGCUCCAGAGGGACCCUUAG